GAGUAUUUUCUUUACACGAAUUACAACAAUAGAUAUUUUGAAAUUUUCGUAAUUGUCAUUAUUCUUGUCAACUGCAUCUUCCUUGCGCUUGACCAUCCACCUGAGCAAGCCGAGUAUGUAUUUGCAGCCAUCUAUACCCUGGAGAUGUUUCUCAAGAUCAUCGCCAAAGGGUUUGUUCUCCAUUCGUAUGCAUAUCUACGAGACAGUUGGAACCUCCUUGACUUCUUCGUGGUUAUCAUGGGGUAUGUCACUCUAGCCCCCAACAUCGCCAAUUUCUCUGGAAUUCGUACAAUAAGAGUUUUGAGAGCCUUGAGGACAAUAUCAGCCAUGAAAGGUUUGAAGGCGAUGGUCAACACGUUACUGCGCUCAAUGAAGAUGCUCAGUGAUGUUUUAGUUCUGUUCUUGUUCUUUCUGGCCGUCAUGGCUCUCAUUGGACUCCAGCUUUUCAUCGGUGAAUUACGAAACAAAUGUGUUCGAGACAAGCCUAUCAAUGUGAACACUAAAAACUGGUACCUGGUCGAUGGCGCGGCUUUGAUAUGCGGGAACAGUUCUACAUCAAUACCUUGUCCAACUAACUACACGUGUUUGCCACACGUUGGUCCAAACCCUGAUGAUGGAUACACUAACUUUGAUAACAUCGGUUGGGCACUCGUCAUGUCCUUUCAGCUGCUUACUAUGGAUUACUGGGAAAAUCUUUACGAUAAAAUCAUAGCUGCUGUUGGUGCUGGAUAUGUUCCUUAUUUCAUUGCUGCGAUAUUCUUUUGUUCUUUUUAUCUUCUGAACCUGGUUCUUGCUGUGGUUGCUCUAUCCUAUGAACAAGAGAUUAAAGCAGUUGUUAAUGAGAGUGUUCAAAGAAGAAAAGAAAAGAAAGUAGCUGUCUCUUACCCAGCAGACGAAGAGACCCUGCGUACCCUGCGUCCCAUUGACAACUCUGUCGGUGCGCUGUUACGCGCCAUUAAAGCUAUGAGACUCGAGCAAGAAGCACAAGCAAAGCAAAGGUCUCACAGCCUGGCCAGGAAAGAUUCUGUUCUCAAAUCCAUCGGUACAAAAGGAACCUUCAAAGAUGUUCUCGACGAAAAACUAAAAAAUUAUUCGUUUACUCAAGAUAUGCGAAAGUGGCCGAAGUUCCAGCGAUUUCUCCUGAAGAUGAUUGAUCACCCUUCUUUUGAACUUGUUGUUAAUGCAUUCAUCCUUGGCAACACUGUUGUCCUUGCUUUAUAUCAUCAUGGUAUCGACGAGGGUUUCCGUCAAAUAUUAGAUAUCCUAAAUCUGGGUUUCACAGCAAUCUUUUUCCUGGAGAUGGUCAUCAAACUAAUGGGUGUUGGUUUUGUGGACUACCUCAAGAGCAGAUGGAAUCUUUUUGAUGGAUUCAUUGUUAUAAUGAGUUUAGUUGAUACGACUUUUGAGUUGGCCAAGUUUCGUGAGUCAGCAGGGACGAGUAUCUUUAGAACAUUUCGUUUGGUUCGUAUAAUGAAGUUGGCACAGUCUUGGAAGACCAUGGGGAAGCUGCUUGCAACCAUCUCUAAUAGUGUUGGUCCAAUUGGUAACAUAACACUUAUCCUGGUUCUUAUUAUCUACAUUUUUGCCGUUUUGGGUGUGAAAAUGUUUGGCAACACGUACACUCAACAAGUCUUUCCUGAUGGGAUUCCAAGGUGGAAUUUCAAAGACUUCUGGCAUUCAUUCAUGGUGGUGUUUAGGAUCUUGUGUGGCGAGUGGAUUGAACCUCUCUGGGACUGCAUGAAGGCAACUAAUCCCGGCGCCAUUUUGUUCUUCAUUCCCGCAUUUGUUAUUGGAAACUUUAUCGUAUUAAACUUAUUUCUAGCUUUAUUACUGAACGCGUUUGACAGCGAAGAUGAUGACGAUGACAAUGGCAGCGAGGAGUCAGAUGAUGAAAAUAACGAACCACUCUUACAAAUGUUGAAGAGAAAGCUCACGACCACGCGGCAAUGGGUGGUACCGUUAAAACAAGAAGAGAACCUGCAUGCGACGAACGGCUCGGCAAAGAAUGAAGUGAACACGAUAACUGACAAGAAAGUAUCGUUGACAUCAAGGACAAAGCAGCCUCAGAUGAUAACUUCAGUUGUAUCGGAGGGAGGCAGCACAGCUGCAAUAGACAGUACUGGUGAACUUGGGACAAACAACAAGAAAUCUGCUGGACUUAGUACAAAAAAGAAACGACCCGAAGGAGAGAUAGUUAUCACAGAGUGUUUCCCCGAGUUCCUGAUGGCGCCAUUCGACUGCUUGCCGUGGACGUGUUUCUGGUGGUUGCGACUCAGAGGUCGCGUACGUUGGUUUGUGGAGCAUCGUUACUUUGAAUGGUUUAUUCUUUCACUGGUGUUCAUCAGUAGCCUUGUAUUGGUUUUCGAGGACGUUCACUUGAAAGACAAACCCAGACUAGCUUUCAUUCUAGACACCUUGAAUUACAUCUUUGCUAUUAUUUUUGCCAUCGAGUUUGUUCUGAAGAUAAUAGGUAUUGGGGUUGUCGAGUUUUUCUCUUCGUUCUGGAAUUUUCUGGACGCAUUCAUCGUCGCGAUCUCCGUAGCAUGCAUCGUGCAAGAUAAGAAUCUUUCAGUCUUUCGUUCUUUGAGGACAGUCCGUGCGCUUCGACCCUUGAGAGCUGUAUCAAGGCUUGAAGGCAUGAAGGUGGUUGUCAACGCCCUGUUUGCAGCUAUUCCUGGUAUUGCAAACGUCCUUCUGGUAUCCCUUCUCUUCUGGUUAAUCUUCUCUAUACUUGGUGUUCAGUUAUUUGCUGGCACGUUCUUCAAGUGUGUGGAUAAUGACGGUAACCGGCUGCCAGUCAGCGAGACCAAUAAUAUGACUGAAUGUCUGGAUAAAGGAUACAGUUGGGAAAACUCAAAUAUUAACUUUGAUAACGUCAUCAAUGGAUUUCUGGCACUGUUCCAAGUGGCAACGUUUGAAGGCUGGAUGGAAGUGAUGAACGACGCUGUUGAUUCAAGAGGGGUGAACCUUCAGCCUGAAGAUGAGUAUAAUUUUGGUGCCUACACGUACUUUGUUAUCUUCAUCAUCAUCGGAGCGUUCUUCGUGCUCAACCUCUUCGUUGGUGUCAUCAUUGAUAACUUUAAUACUCUGAAACGAAAGUAUGACGAGAUGAGUGGGAUGGGUAUGUUACUAACAGACUCUCAAAGAAAGUGGGUGGACAUGUUAAAAGAUGCCGCCAAGAGAAAAGCACCUUCACAAGCAAUGAGACCACAGGAUUGCCUUUGUGGUAUUUUAUUCGACAUAAUCACGGGAACAGCAUUCGAGAUCACGUUGCUAGGGUUGAUCAUCUGCAAYAUGCUCAUCAUGAUGUUCCAGCAUUACAACCAAUCAGAUGAGUUUUCUGACGUCAUGAAAAACUUCAAUCGCUUCUUCACAGCGGUCUUCGUCAUAGAACUCCUAGCCAAACUCAUGGCUCUUCGUAUUUAUUACUUCAAGAAAGCAUGGAAUAUCUUUGACUGUAUUAUUGUGGUCUUCUCUUGCGUCGGCCUUUACUUCGAUGAAGUAUCCGCCAAGGACAAAGCAAUUGGAAACCCAAGUCUUCUUCGCGUCAUACGAAUCUUCAGAGUUGCGAGGCUUCUUCGUCUUCUUGAGUUUGCUAAAGGAGUUCGUCAACUCCUUGUCGCUUUGGUGAUAUCUUUACCUGCCCUGCUAAACAUAGGGACAUUGUUAUUUCUUGUUAUCUUCAUCUUCGCCAUCAUUGGCAUGUCCGCAUUUGGUCACGUCAAGCAGCAAGGCAGUAUUGACGAGAACGUGAACUUCCAAACGUUUGGAAACUCAAUGAUGUUAUUGUUUCGUUUGUCCACGGGUGCUGGUUGGAAUGACAUCUUGGAAUCUCUCAUGGUUCAACCGCCGAUUUGUGAUCUUAAUUUCGGCGAAGACUUACCAAAUGGUGACUGCGGGUUUCCUUUUGGAGCGAUUAUGUACUUAGUGUCCUAUAUUAUAAUAGUGUAUCUAAUCGUUGUUAAUAUGUACAUUGCUAUCAUUCUGGAGAACGUCAACCGUGCUCAGGAGACUGCGGAUUGUAUCGUUAAUAAAGAUGACAUAGAUGCUUUUUAUGAUAAGUGGGAAACACUUGUAGAAGGUGGAAAACAAUAUGUUUCGGCUCACAGACUUUCUGAUCUCGUGGCAAAUUUAAACGAUAAGUUUAAAAUACCUCAACCAAAUGUGCAACAGUUAGCUCUCCUAGAAAUUCCUAUUCGGAUUGGUGAAAGAAUCCAUUGCUUUGACCUUCUUAAAGCUCUUGUAAGACGGUUAUUAGCUCAGCAAGGAGAGUCUCCAGAGACGUUUGAUCAAAUAGCAGUUCGACUUGAAGCUCAGUUUAAAAAAUCUUUCAACAAGAAAAUGUUGUCUCCCACAGGGAUUAAACUGGAAAGUCAAGACGAUGCAGUUGCCUGUGCCCUGCACAAAGCGACGCGACUGUUCGAACGCAAGCGAGACACUCGACGUGAACAGCUAAUGAUGCUUCGGGAAAUCGACAAGCGACGAGCUGCCGCAGCUGAUUUUCUUAACGGCAAUUCAAUAGAAGACUAUGAGUCGUUUUUAGACGAUUCAGAUCUCGACAAGGAAUCUUUAUCAUACCAUAUCAUGUUAAAAAACAAGCUUUUUGGAUCAGGUUAUUUUGAUCAGAAGAAUCGAGCGCGAUUUGAGAACAGUAAUCGAAGAUAUGAAUUAACAUAUAGUAGUUACAAUGGUGGAGAAUCCAGAAACAGCCGUGUUUUCGGGUCAUUCAGAGAAAAUUCUUACAGUGAAUAUAAUGGAGACGCAGGGUAUAACUGCGAUAGUCGUACAUACGAGUCGUUUAGAGAAAUAGACUACAAUGAGUAUCGUACUGAUGGAGGAGAAGUYUUAUAUCACAGUAGUAAUGGUAUAUAUGGCUCACAUAGUGACUAUGCUAAUGAAGAAGAUGAACCUCGAUAUGGUAACAGGAUAUACGGAUCACCUAGAGAAAGCACUUGUAAUGACAAUAGCUGUAAUGGUGGAGAUGUCCCGUACUGUAGUAAUGGUCGCAUAUUCGGCUCGCGGAGAGAAAGUACUGAUGGUGAUUAUAAUGUCGAUGGUGGAGGGGGCAAUUGGCAGAUAACAAUAUAGUAUUCACCCAGGAUGAGGCUAAACAAUCCUCUUGAUAUAUCACGACAGCAGCGGAACGACGACAUGUAGCAGAAGCGCACAUGACUUCAUUGUACAUUCUCGUUUUAUUAGCGGAACUUUAGUUAUAU